UUCAGUCGGCCGCCAUCCCUUUAUUCCUUCAGGGCUUUGAGAGGAGGCUUCUAUUUGUGUGUGUGUGUGUGUGUGUGUGUGUUUUAUCAGCAAUGAGAAGCAGAUUUAGCCAAACCGGUUGCAGGAACAACGCAUGAAUCUUCGACAGGAAGGAGACUGCAAUUGAUCAGAGCAGUAAUGGGACAUUUGUUCACCCUGUGGAUGGGAACUCUCCUGCAGCUUUGUCACGCUACUAUUUAUACCAAUGACUGGGCGAUCAAAGUUAGAGGGGACCCUGAGUCUGUGAAGAGGAUAGCAGAGAAAUAUGGCUUUACAAACAUGGGUCAGAUUGGAGACUUGGAGGGUUACUACAGCGUCCUUCACCAGCAGACAGCAAAUCGUUCCGCCGAAUUCAACAAAGAAGUGACAAAUCACCUUGCAAAGGAGCCAAAGGUGGAAUGGCUCCAGCAGCAGGUGGUCUUAAAGAGAGUAAAGAGAACCUCCAGAAGAAGUCGCCUCUGUGGCCAUGACCUGGUGAGAAGGCAUCUUCAUCCACCGAUUCAUCAGUCUGCCUUCAAACACAACAUGCAUUUUAGUUGGCCUUUGGGGAACGACCCGUGGUACACUAGCUGUACCGAGGCCAGUGGCUGCCAGACUGGUAUGAACAUCGCAGCGGCCUGGAGGAGAGGCUACACCGGGAAGGGUGUGGUGGUGUCUGUCCUAGAUGACGGCAUUGAGAAAGAGCAUCCAGAUCUGAAGCCAAAUUAUGACCCACUUGCCAGCUGCGAUGUAAACGAACAAGAUCAAGACCCGACUCCAAAACAUUCCAAGAAUGCAGCCAACUCCCAUGGGACUCAGUGUGCGGGGACGGUGGCUGCAUCCGCAAAUAACUCUCUGUGCACAGUCGGAGUCUCAUUCCGCGCACGCAUAGGAGGCAUUCGUAUGCUGGGAGGCGAUGUGACAGAUAUUGUGGAAGCCGUAUCAUUGAAUUUCAGGCCACAGUACAUUGACAUAUACUUAGCCAGCUGGGGGCCGGAUGAUGACGGAGCCACUUUAGAGGGACCUGGACCCCUCGCUCGUCUCGCUUUACAGACUGCCGUUGAAACGGGCCGGCAUGGAAGGGGCUCAAUUUUCGUUUGGGCCUCGGGGAAUGGAGGGAAAGCAGGCGAUCACUGCUCCUGCGAUGGCUACAGCAGCAGCAUAUACACCAUUUCUGUGAGCAGCGUCGGUCGCCGUGGAGUCCGGCCAGAACACCUGGAACAAUGCUCCUCCACACUGGCAGCGGCAUACGGUGGUGAAGAGACAAAGAGGAUGAUAACCCUCAGACCACAGCAGGGAUGCAGCAGGACUCUGUCUGGAACAUCUCUCUCCUCCUCAUUGGCUGCUGGGGUGAUUGCUCUUACUUUGGAGGCCAACCCUCUCCUGACCUGGAGGGAUGUGCAGCACAUUAUCGUCCGUACAUCAAAAGCUCAUCAUCUUAUUGCUCCUGACUGGCACUUUAAUGGAGCUGGGUACAAAGUGAGCCACCUGUACGGCUUCGGCCUGCUGGAUGCUGAGAGCAUGGCGAAGGAGGCUGAGCGCUGGAAACAAGUCCCAGCACAGCAUGAGUGUGUGGAGGAGGAGGCCAUCCAGCUGAGCAGAAUUAUUCAUCCAGGCUCAGUGUUGACGUCUGCGUAUGAGACCACCGGCUGCUCCAGCGCGGCCUCGCGGCACGUUGUUUAUGUAGAGCACGUCGUCAUCCGCGUAACCAUCACUCACAGCCGUCGUGGCGACCUUUCUAUCACGCUCACGUCACCUGCAGGCACCGUGUCGCAGCUGCUGGCUCACAGGCCUCUUGACAACUCCACUGAGGGAUUUCAGAACUGGGAAUUCAUGACAGCUCAUUCCUGGGGGGAGCAGGCAGCGGGAGAAUGGACUUUGAAAAUCACGGAUACUCCCUCUCGGAAGCGAGACAGCAGCGCUGAAUUAGGGAUACUGAAGAUGUGGUCUCUGGUGAUUUAUGGCACUGCAGAGCAGCCGUAUCACAUGCGCCGUCGGCGAGUCCGAUCAGCAGAGCCCUCCGUGGAUAGCGAUCUCACAGAAGGAUACGACGGACCCUGUGACCCAGAAUGCAGUGAUGACGGCUGUGACGGGCCUGGCCCACAGCAGUGUGUCACAUGUCUGCACUUUUUUCUCAAGUUCAAGAACAAUUCAAGGUUGUGUGUCUCAGAGUGUCCCCAAGGGUUCUGGGGUGACCGUCGGCGCUGCAAGAGGUGCUACUCCUCUUGUGCGAGUUGCAGCGGGAGUCGCAGCAACCAGUGCACCUCUUGUGUUCCUGGUCAUCACCUGACAGAGGGAACCGACACCUGCACAGCCUCCUGUGGAGAUAACUAUUACCUGGACCACGACACAGAUCUGUGCAAGAAAUGCAAUGAAAACUGCUUGAAGUGCACCUCAUACAGCAUCUGCACAGAAUGCAAACCAGGCACAAGUCUGCAGGGGAACCGGUGCCAGCGGAGCUGCGAUGGCGGCUUCUACCACGUCGCGCAGGAAGACGAAUGCAGGCCCUGUGACAAGGCCUGCGCUACCUGCGCAGCGGCAGGUGUUGAGGCGUGCAGCCGUUGCGCAAAAGGUUUCUUGAUGGAGGAGUGGAGGUGUGUGUCCUCCUGCAGCGCUGGCUUCUACGCCACAGAGCCAAGCCCAGAGAUAGCGGAUGGCCACAGGAUAUGUAGGAGGUGCGACUCCAGCUGUCUCACCUGUGCCGGGCCGAGUUGGCAGAACUGCAGCAGCUGUUCCAGCGGUCACCGCCUCCAGGAGGGAGUGUGUGUUGUCAACACUGAGUGCACAGAUGGAGAGUAUCAGGACAGUGAUGGGGCGUGUCGCGCUUGUGAUGCAACGUGUCUGAAGUGCACAGGGCCGCGAAGAGAGGACUGCAUCAGCUGUGGCUCUUCACGAGCUUUGGAAGAGGGGCGCUGCGUGGCCGAAUGUGCAAAGGGCAAGUACCGCUCAGGUGGACAGUGUCACCUGUGUGACCACACAUGUGCCACAUGUAAGGAUGCAGGGCCUGCCAACUGCACCAGCUGUGACACAGAUAAAUUUGGAGUGGAACGUUACCUGCAUCAAGGUCAGUGUCUGGACGCCUGUCCUGAGACCUUUUACCACACAAGUAAGAGAACCUGCCAGCCCUGUUCGGAAAACUGUCGGCUCUGCUCCAGCCCAAACCACUGCUUGCAGUGCAACUCCUCCUUCUACGUGUCUGAUGGGCGGUGUGUGAAGCUGGAGUGUGGAGAAGGGGAGGUGGAGGAUCCAGAUUACGAAGAAUGCAUGCCCUGCGAGGAAGGCUGCAGGAAGUGUGUCCUGUAUAACCCCAGGCACUGUCUGUCCUGCAUUGAGGGCUUUUACAACUUUCAGGACGGCUGCUACAGAAACUGCCCAGCGAAGACGUACAGCGUGGAGGAGGAGAUGACCUGCGCUCCAUGCGAAGACAACUGCAUGAGCUGCGAUGAGCACGAGUGCUACUGGUGUGAGACAGACCUGUUAUUAUCAGAGGGGCAGUGUGUCUCGGUGUGUCCUGAUGGUUUCUACGGCAAUGAAGACCUUAACGAGUGUGAAGAGUGUCACCCGGACUGCGCCACGUGUAGCGGCCCGGAGAACGGAGACUGUCUCUCGUGUGAAGAGGGGAGGACGCUCGCAAACGGGGAGUGCGUGCCGGAACGCGAGGUCUGUCCCAUUAAGACCUUUCUCAACGAUUAUGGGGUAUGUGAAGACUGUCACCCAUCCUGUGAAUUCUGCUCCGGACCGGAGAAAAACCAGUGCACCAAAUGUGGGAAAGGGAGAUUUCUGACCAUGCAGCAGACAUGUGUGUCGAAGUGUUCUGCGGGUUUCUUCGCCAGCCAACUGAGCGGCGUGUGCGAGGCCUGCCCUCAGGGCUGCUCGCUGUGCGCCGACGCUCGGCGCUGCAGCCGCUGUCAGAGCUCGCGCCGCGUUCCGCUGUUCCUGCAGAACGGACAGUGUGUUACAGAGUGUGUCAGGGGUUAUUCUGCAGGCCAGCUGUGUCUCAGCUGUGCGGCUGGUUGUGCGUCCUGUGAGAAAAAUGCCACUCACUGCCUGACCUGCGACGAGCCUCUCCUCCUGCAUGAUCACCAGUGUGUGGAAGAGUGUCCUCCAUCACACGUUGUCCAGGGCAAGGAGUGCCGUCGCUGCCCACCCGCCUGUCAGGACUGUGACCCCCUUGGACAAUGCACAGGCUGCGAGGAGUACCACUUUCUCCACGAAGGCCAAUGUGUGCCGGAGUGCCCAGAGAGGUUCUUUGAGGACGACGAAGCAGGGGAGUGUCUGCGUUGUCACGCCGACUGUGCUCUCUGCGACGGCCCCGACAGCAAUGACUGCGAUGCCUGCGUCGACCCGGAGGCCGUCCUGCACAACGGGGGCUGUCUGGCACCUUGCCCCUCGGACACGUACAGGAAUGCAGUUACAGGAGAGUGCAUAGACUGCGACGCAUCAUGCCUCACAUGUUUUGGGCCCCACAUGGGUUCCUGCACCAGCUGCAGGACGGGUCAAAGGCUGGACGGCUACAACCGCUGUCUCCCAUUGGCCAACAAGUGUUCGCCUCGCCAGUACGCAGACGAGGACGGGGAAUGCCAUCCUUGCCAUAAAUACUGCUACAGGUGUUCAGGUCCAACCGAAACCCACUGCUUGAGCUGUAAUCAGGGACACCUCCUGUUCAAUGGCACCUGUGUGGACGAAUGCCAAACGGGCUACUACGAGGAGGAGUCGAAAUGCAAGCCAUGCCACGAUUCCUGUCAGUCCUGUGUCGGAAAGCAGAGCCACCAGUGCCUCACCUGCAAAGCCCACCUGUUCCGAGAGGUCAAGGAGUGUGUGAAGACGUGCCAGCACGGUCACUAUGGAAACCCUGACUCAAAGAUUUGUGAGAAGUGCGACCCGAGUUGCAGCGAGUGCAUUAAGGGCGGCGAGGACGGCUGCCAGAGCUGCGCUCCGGGCCUCGUCUACCUGCGGAAAGAAGGCCGCUGCCUGCCGUCGUGUCCUCUGGGUUACCAUCACGACCCUGCACACAGGACCUGCGAACCCUGCAACGCUGGCUGCAGAGCAUGCUCCGGAAAAGCCUCCCAGUCCUGUGACUCAUGCUUCCCUGGUUACCUGCUGUCAGACGGACGGUGUGAGUCCAUGUGCGAUAUUGGCCAGUACCCCGUUGUAAAGGAAUUGGACGCCUCGUGCGAAGACUGCGACGACUCCUGCCAGGAGUGUCGGGGGCCGGGGCCGUCCAGCUGCACUUCCUGUUCAGCUCAGGCGAUCCUGGAAGCAGGCGGGCGUUGUCUGCUGUGUUGCCGCCUCGAUGAGGAGCGGAAGGGCACGGAAACGCCAAAGCAGGACUGUUGUAACUGCACCGAGACUCGAGGCCAGUGCAUCCUCAGCACAAACUUGGCAUUCAGGAACGAAGAGGAAGAGGUGUCUAGAGGGAACCUGACUAUCUUCAUCAUCGCCUCCAUCCUGCUGGUCCUGGGUCUCAUCGGCGUCGUCUUCCUCGUCAGGCACUCCCGUUCCAAAAGCGGCCCCUCGGACCUCCCUCCCCGCGGCUACAAAAAGCUCGGUUCCGGCGGGGGGUUCGGAGGCGGCAAUAUAUACAGCGGCGGCUACUCCUCCACCUCUUCCGCGUCCGGAGGCCGCUUCCAGGAGGCCGAGCUCGUCGACAUCGGUAAGCGUCGCUCUGGGAAGAAGGACGACGACUUCGACGACGAUGACGACGACGACGAGGACAUUGUUUACAUGGGCCAGGACGGCACGGUGUACAGGAAGUUUCGGUACGGACAGCUGGGGGACGACAACGAGGACGACCUAGAGUACGACGACGAGAGCUACAGGUUCAGAUGAGGCACCAGGAGCGAUAAGAGAACACUCUUCUGUUGUUUUUCUUCUAGACAUUUCUGCCUCUUCCUAUUUCUCUCCUCUGUACUGUUAAUCUCGCUCUGCCCUCAGGGACAGAUCUAUUUAUCCUUCACUCAAUGAGCUCAGACAAAUGAGACGUGAGAAGCUAUUUAUAAUGAGCAGCAUUUUAUGACUGCUAUCCAUCCACAUAAUGAAAUGUGCUUCAGAAAUAAAUCCAUAUUUACCAUGCCUACAGCGGACAUGUUAUGCUGGUUUCCUCAUUUCUGUGGUGCCGCAUGUGACUGUCAUCAGUCUACAUUUAUGUCCUGCAGCGCAGAAAGGUUAGAGGGGAUCGCGAGCAGUCAUUUGGUGACCGUUUAUAGCUUUCUUUUAGUAUUGAGCAUCUUUAGAGAUAAUAAAGGCUGUGAUCAAACGUCAAAUGCGCCGUUUCUGCUGCUAAAGGCAAAUUAACUUUUCCACUUUUCUUUGCGUCUUGACCUCCCAAUUCUUGUUUUGACCAAUCUAGUUUUUAUUUAUCGUUUGUUUUUCUGAUUUUGUGGCACUAGUGGCCUUCAGUAGCAGGAAAUGGGCAAACAGAGGAGGGGUGGACGAUGUGCAGUAAAGGUUUGGAACCGAACCCUGGACCCCAUUUAGGCACAAGAAAAACCAAAUGUAAAUUUGAUGCAUUUCUCAGAGUAGCGCUGCAAAACCGGAAAUAAGCAUCAUGUUGUGUGUAGUGAUUUACAGUCGAUGUAACAAACUAAGUACACACUUUAUUUUGUACAAAUGUUUUUCCUUUUUGUUUUGAAAAUCAUGACUUUAUAAAAUCCGUGGUGCGUCUGGUGUUGGAUUAGAUCUACACAAGUUUAGAAGCUGGCUGUAAGCACAUCCUUUAUACAUUAAUACCAUGGAGACGAUCCAGAUUUUAUCUCUUACAUACAAUCAGUAUGCAAAUAAUUUUCUGAAACAGUUAAGACCUCUCAUAAAUCACUGAUGUUUGCCAGUUUUUUCUUUCAUCUCUACCUGUCAUUUGUUUGUGGUGUUGCUUAAGUUGAUUUAUUUGCUUGUUUUCCUUCUUGUACUGUUAUUUGUUUACCAUUAAAAUUUUGAAUUUGGAAAUGCAUCACUCAAAUAAAUAAAAAAAAAAAAAAGUGAUUCUGAAAUGAUCUUAACGAGCCCUUAAGGUUUAACUCACAAACGAGACGUGGCUCAAAACGGCCUGCAGGCUAUAAAUCACUUUUUUAUUGAAUCAAUAGACAGCAUUUCUUCAUUUUUUUUUUUUUUGCACAAUCAUUAAGACACGAGUUCGGAUCACCAGUUCUGUGACGUGGGGACCAUGCACUGAUG